AGAAGUAACCCUAUGACGUCACUCCUAAACCAGGAAAUGCCAAACAAAUUCUUCUCGCAACGAAAAAUAAUCACGGCUAAAUUACUAGAUUGAAAUCUUGUUUUUGUUUUUUUUUACCGGCUACGAGCUAACACGUCUUGACAUGGAUGAAACACUUUUCCAACUGAAGUUCACCUCCAAGCAACUGGAGCGACUGGCCAAAAAGGCGGAGAAGGAAUGUGAAAAGGAGCAGGCCAAGGUCAAAAAGGCCUUGCAGCAGAAGAAUGUGGAAUGUGCCAGGGUGUAUGCCGAGAAUUCCAUUCGCAAAAAAAAUGAAGGUCUGAAUUGGCUGCGUAUGGCGUCUCGAGUCGACGCCGUCGCCUCCAAAGUCCAGACGGCCGUCACGAUGAAAUCAGUGACUAAAAACAUGAGCCAGGUGACAAAGGCGCUGGACAAAGCUCUCAACUCCAUGGACCUCCAAAAGGUCUCAGUUGUCAUGGAUAAGUUUGAAAGCCAAGUCCAGAACCUGGACGUCCACACCUCGGUGAUGGAGGACUCCAUGAGCUCGGCGAUGACACUGAGCACGCCGCAGGAGCAGGUGGACGACUUGAUCCACCAAAUCGCCGAGGAGAACGGUCUGGAGGUGAUGGACCAGCUCAGCAAGUUGCCUGCAGGAGCCACGUCUGUGGGCGGCGAGAGUUCACGGAGCCAGGAGAAGGAGGAGCAACUUUCCAGACGGUUGGCAGCCCUACGCAACUGAGAGGCUACGUGCACACAACAGGAGCGUGCACGUAUACACACACACACACACACACACACACCCCCACCCAAGUCCACCCAAGUCCACCUAAGUCCACCCAAGUCCACCUAAGUCCCUCAGGUCUAUCUUCCAGUCUUCAUUUCUUUGUUUUCAU